UCUUCUUCAGCGAUUUCUUCCCUCUUUGUUCUUUUGAUCUUUUCUUUUCUGCAAUAAACUCCAUUCGGAUUCGAAUUGGACCAAAUCACAGCGAGAGGUGGGAGCUCUCCGUUCGCCUCGCCGGCCGUCUUGACGGUAAGUAUCAACUGUAUCAUGAGCUCCUCUAGCAACAAAUCGAGGAACUUCCGCCGCCGACUAGACCACGACGACUCCAAUCCCAACGAAGCCGCCGCGGUCGCCCCUUCACCGCCUCCAUCCCGCAAACCCGCGCCACCGGCACCUUCAUCUGCUUCUGCUUCUUCCAAGCCGAAGAAGCUUCUUAGUUUCGCCGACGACGAAGGGGAAGACGACGAUUCCGCCGCUGUCACACCUCUGAAUCUUUCUUCCCGCUCUUCUGGUAGGCGUAAGCCUCCUUCCUCUUCGGCUUCUUCUUCUUCUCGACUCGGAAAAACUAGUUCCUCCCACAAGCUCACCGCCUCCAAGGACCGAGUUCCUCUUAGCUCCCCGGCUACUGCCUCCAAUGUCCUUCCCCAGGCCGGGACUUACACAAAGGAAGCCCUUCUCGAGCUCCAAAAGAAUACGCGCACUCUUGCCAAACCUUCCUCCAAGCCCUCUCCUGCCUCCUCUGAGCCUAAGAUCAUUCUGAAGGGCCUUCUCAAGCCCGCUCCUCCCUCCACCCACCAAACCCUGGGAGCCCGCCAUGAUUCUGAUAAUCUCAACAGCAACAACGCAGACGAUGAUGACGAUCCAUUUGAAGACCGGUUGGCGUCAAUGGGUUUGGGGAAAUCCAAUUCCGGAUUCAUCCCCGACGAGGAAAGAAUCAGGAAGAUUAAGGCAGAGAGGGAGAAGAAGAGGCAAUCCAGGGCUUCUGCCCCUGACUUCAUCCCUCUCAAUGGACCUUCUAAUGAUGCUCAAGGGUCGAGUGACGACGACGACGAGCUUGAGCUUAGAACCCGUGUUGCUUUGGUGGGCAAGAAAGAGGCCAACACUCUUGGCGUUUUUGAAGAUGUUGAGCAUCUUCCCCCGGCUGCUGCUGUUUCGGCCAGAUAUACGAACGUGGUUGAAGAUGUUGCUAACGAAGGUGGUGAUGAUGAAGAUGAAGACAAAAUUUGGGAAGAAGAGCAGUUAGGGAAGGCCUUGGGGAAGAGAAUGGAUGAUGCUUCUGCUAGUGCUACUACUAGAGUUGUUGCAGGUGGUAUCAGCUCUCAUAACACUGCUACGAUGAUGAUGCCGCCACCACCACUACCACAGCAGCAGCAUAGGGUCAGUAGUGCGUACCUGGACAUCGGAGGAGGUUUUGGGGUAUCUCAAGGGUUGGAUAACUUGACAAUUCCACAACAGGCCGAUGUUGCUUUGAAGGCAUUACAAGAUAAUGCCAGGAGGCUCCGGGAAUCCCAUGAUAGAACUGUUUCAGCACUAGAGAGAACUGACGAGAACUUAACUUCCUCGCUGGAUAAUAUUACUGCUCUUGAAGGGUCCUUGUCAGUUGCUGGUGAGAAGUUCAUCUUUAUGCAAAGGCUUCGUGACUUUGUUUCUGUUUUAUGUGACUUUUUGCAGCAGGAUAAAGCAGCUUAUAUAGAGGAGCUUGAAGAGAGAAUUCAAAAGGUUCAAGAGGAGCGUGCAGCCGCCAUCUUGGAACGAAGAUUUUCCGAUGAUCAUGAUGAAAUGUUGGGAGUAGAUGCAGCUGUCAAAGCAGCAAUGUUGGUCUUUAAGGAACGUGGCAACUCUCCAUUGAUGAUUAGUGCUGCUGCAAGUGCUGCACAGACUGCUUCGGCGGCCGUGAAAAUCCAAGAAACAGCAACUCAACCAGAAUUAGAUGAACUGGGGAGAGAUAUGAGCAUGUAUAAGCGCAUGGAGAUGAAGCGACGGGCUGAAGCCCGCCAACGUAGGAGAGCUAAGUUUGAUUCAAAGAGAAUUUCAUCAUCAAUGGAAGUUGAUGACAGCUCUGCUGAACGGAAAAUAGAAGGGGAGUCAAGCACUGAAGAGAGCGAGAGUGAGAGUGAAGCUUACCGGUCAAGUCGGGAUAGGUGUCUUGAACCAGUGGAUCAAAUUUUGAGCGACGCUUCCGAGGAAUUUUCCCAGCUUUCGGUGGUGAAAGAAAAAUUAGAGAAAUGGAAAAAGGAAUAUGCAGCGAGCUAUCGGGAUGCGUACAUGUCACUCAGUGUGCCAGCAAUCUUCUCUCCCUACGUGAGACUGGAGCUUCUUCACUGGGACCCUCUACGCAAAUCUGAUGACUUCUUUGACAUGAAUUGGCAUUCUCAGUUAUUCAACUAUGGUAUACCAGAGGGAGCAUCUGAUUUGAAUUCAGAGGAUUCUGACAGCAAUCUUGUUCCUCAACUGGUGGAAAAAAUUGCUGUCCCAAAAUUGCAUCACCAAAUUGUUCACUGUUGGGACACGCUCAGUACACUGGAAACUGGAAAUGCCGUUGCUGCCACAAGCAUGGUGAUAAAUUAUGUUCCAGCUUCAAGCCGGGCUCUAUCAGAACUAUUAGUUGCGGUCCACACUCGACUGGCUGAUACAGUAUCCAACAUCGUGGUUCCUAACUGGGGCUCACUCGUUCUAAAGGCAGUUCCAAAUGCAUCACGUGUUGCAGCAUAUCGGUUUGGAGUCUCAGUUCGUUUGAUUAGGAAUAUCUGCUUGUGGAAGGAUAUCCUAGCGAUGCCAGUUCUAGAGGAGCUUGCUCUGGAUGAGCUCUUACGCAAGAAGGUCCUGCCUCAUGUUCAAAGCAUUUCGUCGGACGUUCAUGAUGCGGUUGCUAGAACUGAGAGGAUUGUUUCUUCUUUGUCUGGGGUUUGGACUGGUCGAAAUGUCACUGGGGAUAGCAGUGGCAAGUUGCAGUUGCUGGUGGACUUUGUGGUAUCAAUAGGAAGGACGCUGGAGAAGAAGCAGGCGGCUUUGGGGGUGAGCGAGGGGGAAACUAAUGGGCUUGCUCGACGGCUGAAGAAGAUGCUGGUUGAGCUCAAUGACUACGACAAUGCACGACGCAUUGCAAAAGCCUUCCGGCUGAGGGAGGCUUUGUGAGAACGAACAUGCAAGUUGCAAUGAAGGAAGAGCGUAGCUAACUGAGGUGAGCGAGGCGAUGAAGGGGCUUGAUUGGAAAAGAAGAUAGAAUAGUACAAGGCCCUUUUAAUGUUGUGCUUUUUGUUCGAUUGUAGUAAUCUGUUCGCAACUUGCUUUGACCUUGUUUCUAUUUUGAAGCGGAGAAUUGAAUGGUUGUUGCAAUACAACUUCCAUUGUCAUUUCAACUUAUCGUAAAAUAAGCAAAUGAAAGAUUUUGGCGUUAAUCCAACAAUGUUGCAAUCUAAAUGGUGAUGCUAUUAGUUCCCUAUCCUCAUCUGAAUAUCACAAGCAUCAAAUCCCCAAAUAUACAACAAAGACCAAAAGGCAGUGGCUUUUUGCCCUUUGCCACCACUCUUUAUUGUUUCUCAGUAACGAAACAAAUCACAGCAUAUACUCUUCUUCUAUUUCCACCCCUUUAACUUACACUAUAACCCCCCAACAACAACAAAUAAAAAAGCCAAAACCACCCAGAACAGGAAAUGCAACCAAAAGUAUGGAAGUAAACGUGAGCAACAUGUGCUGGUUCUUCACAACCCAAAUCCAAAAUCCCCUCCAAGCCAAAAUGGAGGGCGAAAGCUCAAUACUUUCCAAACCCAGAACACCAAACUCUCCAACCAUCAUUCGCUCUCCACGAGCAAACAAUAGCUGUAAAACUGAAACUUACCCAAGUUCCAAAUCCAAUAAAAGAAAAAAGACCUGCAAUCACAAACAAAACAAGAGUCAGUUCCCCAUGGGCACUCAAAGCAUGUAUAGAAAAGCAGCUCAGAUAAUUUCCAGAGCCAUAGGAAUAGUAGAAACUAGAACAAUAGAUGGUAAUGCAUAUAAACCUAGUUUUUUAGCUCAAAUUUGUUAUGCAGGAACGCAUGGAAUUAAAGAAUUUUGAUUCAUACCUGCAACUUCAAGAUAUCUAAACGAAACCUGGAUUAAAAUUGGUUCUCAUUUAUGGACUAUCUAGAGAAGGGUUAAUAGACAUGCUGAAACCAUCCAGAGACAGCAGAUGUCCAAUUUGACAGAAUGAAUUAUAUUAGAUAAAUUAUGGACAUUACUAGGAUACAAGUCCGACGAAAACCACAGAAAGCUGCUUAUAAAUGCAGAACAUACAAAUGUCGACUAAACAAAGCACCAACUAAAGAAACCACUGGCCAACAACACUAAUUUCUAGAAGCUUCAAAUCAUACUCAAAGCAACCCAGCAUCGGAAAAUAAUUUAUCAAGUGAAACUUAUCGUCAAUCCGAUGUACAGCAAAGUUAACUUCAGCCUAUUUUCCUUCAGAAGUCAGCAACAAGCACAGCUUGUCUGCAGUGGAUAGAUUUAGUACUUCAUCACAUAAAUCUCUGUUUGUUCAUAGUUGAGUUCUUGACCUAAGAUGUUUCAACUUUCAACCACAACUAGUUGGAGUAUUUUUUUAAGUCAUAUUCUAUGCACAUACAAUCAACUACAUAGGCUAGGCACCCUACUAGUUAGCAUAUGCAUGGACUGAUAUCAGAUUUUUAUCAGAGCAUCCUCAUUUUGGAUUUUGAUGGAACUACUACAAGCACAUAAUUCCAACCAAACUCUAUCUUAGUGCCUUGGCUCGCGACCCUAAAAAUUAGUUUUCCAGGAUAACUAGAAAGCAAAGGAAGAGGAUAUGGCAUGACUUAAAUCCAAUAGUUCAAAGUUACUAGAUGAACAGAUAAAAUGCUUACCUAUAUUUGACUGGUAACAACGUAACCCUUUUGCAAGAUGGA